AUGGAAAGCCUUCAUAACAUCCAUAUCCCACUAUUUUCUCUGCUUUUUUUUCUCUUCCACUUCUCAUCCCUUCACUUUCUCUCUUUAGCCUAUGAGCAACCUGAUAAGUAUUUCGUCAAUUGUGGGUCUAAAGCUGAUGCAAACCUCAGUGGCCGGGUGUUCACUGCAGACUCGAGUUCUGGUUUUUUGUGCACAGAGAUAAACAGGGCCAUUGAAAGCACCAACCAGUCGCAAAGUCUGUACCAAACAGCAAGAAUUUUCUACAACCAAUCCUACUAUGAGUUCCCGAUCGCUGAAAACGGUACUUAUAUUGUCCGUCUGCAUUUCUUGGCAUUCUCCUCCUCAGUUAAUCUUGCAUCAGCUCUUUUUGAUGUUUUGGCUUUUCCUACUGUUUCAAAUUUUGGUUUCAAACUGUUGAACAAUUUUACUGCCAAGAACAGUAGCAACUCUGCUUUGAUAGAGGAGUUCUUUCUUGCCAUUGGUCCUGGCUCAUUGAAAUUAUAUUUUACACCUCAAGGAUCAUCUUUUGCAUUUGUAAAUGCCAUUGAAGUCUUCCUUGCACCUUCGGAAUUCAGCCCUCAUUAUUACAGCAGUAGUUUCCCUUUAGUUCUACGUACAACUUACAGGGUGAACGUUGGAGGCCAGAAAAUCACACCAGAUAAUGACAAAAUAUGGAGAAACUGGGAUCCUGAUCAUAUUUAUCUGUCUAAUUCAAACUCUGCAGAGGAUUUCCGACCCUCCUCCUCACCGAUGCUUAUUAGACAGUACUCAGUACAAUCUGAUGGUUUCGUUGGUGCUGAUAGUGAUUUUAUUGCUCCAGAUUUAGUUUACCUGACUGCCAAAGUGAUGACCGACAGUCCUAAGGGGCUAUCCAAUCCCUUCAACAUAACCUGGUCUUUUAAUGUGAGUGCGGAUGCUAGACACCUCGUCCGGGUUCAUUUCUGUGACAUUAUCGGUCCGCCUGGUAAUUUAGUAUUUAACUUGUAUUCAAAUGGAAACUUCAUUAAGAAGGUUGGUGGACCCGAUUUCAGUUUUAAUAGCCUGUACUCGCCUUUCUACUAUGAUUUUGUACGUUCUAAUGGAUCUGAAUUCAUUAAAAUCAGCUUAGGCCCUAGCAUAGACACACCAACAAACAAUGCCUUUCUAAAUGGACUGGAAAUGUUGGAGAUAAUAGAGGGACCAGCGUUAAAUAACCCUCCAGCUUCAGUUUGUAAUAUGAAAGGGCGCACGAAGAUAAAUGUGGGUCUUGUGGUUGGUUCAGUUAUUGGAGGCCUGUCACUUAUCUGGUCCUCUUGA